ACACUAACAAGUAUUUUCUCUGUGUUCACAGGUCCAUCCUCUGUUAAGCUGGAGAAUAAAGGGGAUCUGUGCUUCAUAAGCCGGCAGGCAGAGAGCAAAAAAGCAAAUCAGAAACUCCAAAUCAAACCGACUAAGGAUCAAAGGAGGACAAAGAAACAGGAACCCGUGAGGAAUCCAAAAACUGAGCGAGAGCUUCUUGGAGAGCUUUACGCUGAUAAGGCCUACCUAGAAAAGCUGCUCAAGGAUGAAGAUUUGAUGGAGAGCAGCACAAAGCAGGGCACCAAAGUAGCAGACCUGGUUCUGAGCGGCAUCUCCUACCUGGACACUCGCCGUGAGUUCUGGCAGCAGCAGAAGCCUCUUUACGCCCGCGAGAGAGAGCGCAAGCUCAGGCAGCGAAGGUGGAUCCCGGACAGGACGCGAAAACCAGCCGAGGUUGGCAGAUCCAUCGUGAAGAGCAUGGAGGACAUCCAGCAGUUGCUGGCCGGGGACUGCCCCGAGGGAGGCUGCAGGAAAGCUGAGCGGCUGCUGAAAACCAUCCAGGGGUGCUCCGAGGACGAAGUUCCCAACAAGGGGGAACUGCUGGGAAACCUCCUGAGCUGCAUUGGGAACGCUCAGUUCGAGAUGGGCCGGACAGAGGCGGCUCUGCAGAGCCACAGGAUGGAUCUGGAGCUUGCCAGGCAGAGGGAUCUGCCAGACGCCGUGUCCAGAGCCCUCGGUAACAUCGGCAGAGUUUACGCCAGGAUCAGCAAAUUCCAGCAAGCCAUUGACACUUGGGAGGAGAAGAUUCCAAUGGCAAAAUCCAGCCUGGAGAAGACUUGGCUGUUCCAUGAAAUCGGCCGAUGUUACCUGGAGCUGGACAAAGCUGAAGCAGCCCAGAAUUACGGCCAGAAGUCCCUGCAGGCGUCACGUGAAGAGGGAGAUGUUGAGUGGCAACUCCGUGCCACUGUCCUGGUGGCACAAGCACAAGUGAGGUUGAAGGAUUACUGGUCUGCGAUCAGGAACUUUGAGAAAGCCCUCGAGAAGGCAAAGCUUGUUCACGACGAGGCUGCUCAAAGGGCCGUCAUUGCUGCCUUAGAUGACGUGAGCAAAACCUUCGUCGAGGAGCUGGACAGGAGAAGAGAAGCGAGAGUUUCCUCUGUUGAAGGCGUCAUUUAGACCUCGGCACCCCAUAAAUGUAAAAAUUCUCCAUUUCCCUUCUCUGGAGCACAGAUGGAUGUGUGGGAACAAAGCACCCCCCGUUCCCAGGUGACGAGCACCCGGAUUUCUGGCCCACGCCGCAUCCUCCGGGCGAGGACGGCCGCGGGGCUCGCGCGGGUGCGGAGCUGCGGCCAAGUCCUAAUU